CAGAUAACGCGACAUUUGGAUCCCCAUGCUAUGUAUCAGCUCGCCCGGCUGUGCAAGCCUAUGCGAACGGCUCUCAUGAAGAAGGCGAACCGUCACGUAUGGAAGGCUAUGUUCAGGAAGCACCCGACCUUCCCGCCAUGCCCUACACAUCUCAUCGAGCCACACUACGAUACCUUGCUGUGUGGCAAUGAGUGCAAUGUGAGU